AUGAAUUCGAAAUUAGAUUUGAAUCAAGGUGAAAGAACAGAGUCAAAGUGUCCGGAACCAUUCAAUGAAUUCUCAAAUUUGUAUAAACACAAAAGAAUGCCAUGUAGGUCAGCCUUAAAUUUUGGCGAAAAUAUUACAAAUACAGUAGCUCCAAAUUUUAUACCAGAAUAUCCAACAGCUUAUUAUUCAAACCCAGAAGUUAUUAAUCAAGGAACAAAUUCAUUGGUUGAUACAAAGCAACUUUACAAUUACUCAUCUCCAGUAGGAGAUCUUGAGAAAACUAUUGAGCACUAUAGAAUGAGCCAUGAAAUAGGAUGGAGUACAAGUAAUUCUUUUACUCCUACUAAUUCAGGAUCUCUGGAGCUUCUCCCUUUUGAGAGAAGAGAUAGCCCAAUUACUGUUGAUCCUUUAAAGAAUUGUCAAUCUUUUGAAAGAGUGAAUAGUGGUUUUCUUGGGUUUGGCAAAAAAACCUCUAAUUCGAUUUUUCCAAUUGGACAGAAACUUGAAAGACUCUCCUCUAAUGAAAUAAUCAACAAUAUUAAUAGCCUUUCCGAAAUUGAAAGUGGGAUUGAAAAUGGAGAUAUUCCUCUCAUUGAUCUAGACCAAUAUACACAGCUGCCUUACUUUGAAAAAUACAUCAACUUUAAUAUUGACCAAAUUAAGUAA